CUACAGCGCUCCUCUUGGACAUCUGCUGAGAAACUCUAAACAGGAACACAGACACUCACUUACACAAACACCAAGCCAUCAUACAGGAAGCUUGACACAUUCUGAGGUUUGUCUACGGGCCAACCAGAAGACGAGAGGUGGAGGCCACGCUCAUUCUACAUCAUCAAUCCCAGUGUUUUCGACUCAGUUUGCUCACUCGUCUCUUACACUUGACCUGCACUGAGCCUGUCGGGCGUCAUGUCUCUAUCUGCCGAGUACUACACUGAUAAAACAGGUGACAGGGGUGGAGGAGGUGGAGCAGCUGCUUUGGCACAUCAGAGGAGGCUGAUCCAGGGAUUGCUUGUUUGGGCCACCCUGCUCACUCUAGGCUUGGGGGUAUCAAUAACUCUCCACUUCAUUCACAGAGAUUCGCCAGCUUCAAGUAAAGUGACGCAGGUUCCAGCAGACAACCAAGCUGAGUCGAAAGAUUCUUCUCUUAUGCGAUUCGCACCAGCCUGGGAUCGGAGAGAGAAUGUGACGUUUCUCACGUGGACAACAAAUAAUAUAGGUUUCAUCAAGGGAAAGCAAAAUCUGACGGUAACGAAGCAUGGCGAAUAUUUCCUGUACCUGCAGCUUACCCUUGACCAUCAGCAAAAAGCGAAGCAUACAAUCACUGUGCGAUCACAAAAACAAGAGAUUUUAAAAGGUUUUAUCAAUGGAUCAAAAUCUGUCUUCAUGGCUAAUGGCAUUUUCCUGGAUAACGACGAUAUUCUAACUGUGACCUGCGAGCCAGGAGCCAAAAUCAUGGACUCUCACGCUGAAAGCUACCUGGGUGUGAUCAAGCUUAAUUCAACCUGAAUCUAUUUCAAAGACUGAAAUGGAUUUCUGACAGUAUUGAAUGUGGACUCACUCUGCACUGAUCUGCUGGGUUUUAAAGUACACUGAAGGCAGUGUACGACAUGUUAGCUUUUUUAUUUAUUUCCUAAAGUGACAUCUCCAAAGCUCUCUGCCUUUAUUGCACUAUAGUUAAGCUCUUCCACACUCAAUGGAUGAAGUCUUAUUGAAUGUCCAUGUGUGGCCGAAAUUUGAUUGUUACCAAUGUAAAAUUGGCACCCUAAUGAUGCACUUUAUAUAUAUACACACAUGCAUGUAUAUAUAUUUGUGUGAAACCGACCCUUUGCUAAGGCCCUGAACUGCUCCAAAUAUUUCUUUAACACACUCAUUUAGGUAUUGUGAAUUCCUUCGUCCACACUACAACAAACACCUGAAGUUAGCAACAUACUUUUAGCAAAUGUAGGUCUCCUUACUGAGGCUAAACAUGUUUGUUUGAGAAUUGUGAUCAACACAUCAUUUCUGCAGCUAAAGGCCAAUAAACACUGAUUGUUUUCU